GUGUAUGUGUGUGUUUUCUGCCCAGCUGAAAAUGGCGGCUCGGAGCGUCGAAUCGUCCUAACUUUGUCGCACCAUAAUAAACACAACAAUAUACACAGCUGUUUGCUCUUAACAUGGGGAGAAACUUUAAUGAGAGGCGUCGGACGCUCUAGAUAGGAAACAUUACUUUCAUCGCUACGACUGAAAGGAGUUGAAACGCAGAGAUCAUGGAGGAUCCCCAUACACGGUACAGCAAACGCCUGCGUACAGGUACGCGGCGCCGUUACCAGGACGAUGGGAUCUCAGAUGAUGAAAUUGAAGGUAAACGGACGUUUGACCUGGAUGAAAAGUUGCAAUGCGAAAGGUUCGGCACUGAAUUGGUCAAACACAUGGACGGCAAAGAUUUUACAUUUGAAUACAUUCAGAAGGAAGGGCUCAGGGAUCCCAUUGUCUUUGAUAGAGCUGAUGGCCUUGGCCUACAAAUGCCAGACCCAGAUUUCAGUGUGAGUGAUGUCAAGUUGUUUGUUGGUAGUCGACGAAUCGUCGACGUGAUGGACGUGAACACUCAGAAGGGAAUCGAGAUGUCAAUGGCUCAGUGGCGACGUUAUUACGAGACACCACCGUCAGAAAGAGAAAAGUUGUACAAUGUCAUCAGUCUUGAGUUCAGCCACACCAGACUGGAGAAUCUUGUCAAACGACCAGCUUCGGUGGACCUUAUUGAUUGGGUAGACAACAUGUGGCCACGCCAUCUCAAAGAGAGACAGAGAGACUCCACCAACGCCAUCAUAGAUAUGCAUUAUCCUAAAGUACAAAAGUACUGUCUUAUGAGUGUGCAGGGCUGCUUCACAGAUUUCCACAUUGACUUUGGAGGCACUUCAGUGUGGUAUCACAUCCUACGAGGAGAAAAGGUGUUCUGGUUGAUUCCACCCUCACCACAGAAUCUGGAGAUGUACGAGAACUGGGUUUUAUCAGGAAAGCAGGGAGACAUCUUCUUGGGGGACAAGUGUCAUGACUGUCAAAGGAUACUACUCCACCAAGGCAACACCUUCAUAAUCCCAUCAGGGUGGAUCCAUGCUGUGUACACCCCACAAGACACACUGGUGUUCGGUGGGAAUUUCCUCCACAGUUUUAACAUUCCCAUGCAACUUAACAUCUACAGCAUUGAGGAUCGCACACGGGUGCCAGCAAAGUUCCGCUACCCUUUCUACUAUGAGAUGUGCUGGUAUGUCCUGGAGAGAUACUUGUACUGCCUGACCAACAUCUCCCACCUCACACCUGAGUUCCAAAAAUACUCCCUUGGCACAGGCCUGACCCCACCUCAUGACAAUAAUCAUCCUGGGAAUGGCACUGUCAAUGAAGAUGAGAUUGACACUGAAAAACCAGCAGUUAAGGAAGAAGUUAAAGAAGAAAACGAAGUAUAUCCAGUUACCAAACCUCAGCAUUUGCUGACUCCCUUUGAGAUGGAGGGACUGGGGAAUCUCUUGGGGAAGCUGGAGGAGCUGCCAGCCCACAAAAAGUGUGUACCUGUAGGCAUCAGGAAUGCCGCAGCCCUGCUCGAGGACAUGAGGGCUGUUCUGAAGGAGCAUGCCAAUGAUAACGCCAAGCUGUCCUACACCGGAGAGCCCAUUGUCAAGUGGCCAGAAAGGCCGUCAUGGUACCAGCCCCCAAUUCCCCCUCAACCUAUUCUUUGCCGUCCUCGCUUGGGCCCUACCCUCCAUAGGCAACUGGGCCAGAGACCAAACAAACGCUCCAACAUUUCUGCCCUGAGACGACGACGGGUGAGAUGUAAGCGCUGUGCUGGGUGUUGCAGGAAGGAGUGUGGCAACUGCCAGUUCUGUCAUGACAUGAGGAAAUUUGGUGGCCCUGGACGCAUGAAGAAAGGCUGCAUUACGAGGCAGUGUCUAGCACCUGCAUUGCCAAACACAGCUCGAUGUGCCAUAUGUAGAGAAGGUGAAUCAGAUGAAUCGGAUCCAAGCACUCACUCACUCAUGGAGUGUUCUGUCUGCUCACAGAUUGCCCAUCGUCGGUGCAUUAAGGAACCUGGUGAAGGAAAGAUCAAUAAGGAUUUGCCCAGCUGUUGGGAAUGUCCCAAAUGUUAUCAAGGCAAAGGUUCAGGAUCAGAGUCUUCUAGUGAAAGUGGAGAGGAAAGUGGAGAGUCAGAGGCAUCAUCCUCUAUGCCACCAUCCAAGCUUGCGCACCGGGAAGGCAUUGGAGUGGGUGAAGCAGCAAGACGAGGGGGACGGAACCACCCUCAAUCUCGAUCCACAGCACCACCACCUUCUCAAAAACUGUUACUGCAACAUCAGCAGAAUCGCAAAAGAGCAAAUGAACUGGAGCUAAGACUUAAGAAAAGGAUAAAGCUGGAGCGUAGCAAACUCUUGGUGAAACAGUCAACUCUAGAUCGCUCUCCCAGGCAUCUGAGAUCCAAGCUGCUGUCACGGCUGCGCUCUCCAACCAGCAGACUAUCUCAGGGUAGAGGUCAGGGCUCCACUUGGGCCAGUGGUUCCCUUCACUCCAGCUCUGUGGGAGGGACCAGGUCCUUCCAACAGCAGGAGUCUUCCCAUGGUCUGAUAUUUGAAUCCAAAGGAGAGCCCCGCAGAGGGAGGGGUAGAGGGGUUCGGCUACGAGGAGGAGGAGCAGGAAGAGGAAUUAGAGGUGGGAGAGACCAUGGCGACUUGGAAGAAGAGAGUGAAGACAGCAGCAGCAGCAGUACCAGCAGCAGCAGCAGCAGUGAUGAGGAAGAGGAGAGGGAGCAGAACAACGGCAGGGGAGGGGAUAAGGAGAACCAGCCACAGUCGGGAAGAGGAGGACUAACAGCCAAAGGAGAGGAGGAAGGGAGUGAGGUAGCCAAUCAACAUUGUGCAGACGAGGAAGAUGAGGAGGUGGAGCAGGACAGUCAACCAAGGGAUAAGGACAACUCGUAUCUUAAAGUGACACUCCAAAGGCCAACCAGGGCCAAGCAGGACCCAUCAGCCAUUGUUCCCAAAUUGGAGGCUAUUGCCCCCCAAACUGCUACUUCCACAAUACACAACCAGACUAAAGCUCUUGCCAGACCCCCGAUUAGAAAUCAUGGCCCCUCUUCCGAUCAUCCCUCCAGUAGGCACACCCCCCCACUUACACGCAGUGGGCACACAGCAAAUCCCACCUCCCAUCAAGAGAGGCUGGAGGACUCAAAAAGACAGAGGCCGAGCAGGCCAGCUAAACUGAGCAAUGGCGCUUCCUGUUCUUCAUCCUCGGAUUUUACACAUCUUCGCAUCCCUCUGUCCACCCUGCAGGAAGGAGGGAGUGAGGCAGACAGGGAGAGUGGUCUCAGUGCGCCGGGCUGUGAGAGGGAGGUGUGGGUGUCCGUCUUCCGCUACUUAAGUAGAGCAGAUCUCUGUGUCUGCAUGGCUGUCUGUAAGAACUGGUAUAAAUGGUGUUUAGACAAGCGGCUUUGGACGCGGAUUGACCUGAGCAUCAAGCGCACUGUCACUCCUCAGGCUCUGACUGGGAUCAUAAAGAGACAGCCUGUGACACUCGAUCUCUCUUGGACCAACAUCUCGAAAAAGCAGCUCAACUGGCUCAUUGGCAGACUUCCUGGGCUGAAGGAUCUGAUGCUGGCAGGAUGUUCCUGGUCAUCUAUUUCCGCUCUCUGCUCCUCUGGUUGCCCGCUCCUCCGUUCUCUAGACCUGCGAUAUGCAGAUGGAGUCAAAGACUCUCAGAUCAGGGAUUUAGUCAGCCCUCCAGGUUGUGACAAUCGUAGUCAGUUGCGUACCAUGCAUUGUUUGCGACUAGCUGGCCUGGACAUCACUGACUCCACUCUGCGCCUGGUGAUCCGCCACAUGCCCCAUUUAACAAAACUAGACCUCUCCCACUGCAACAGCCUCACCGACCACUCCAUCAACCUGCUGACAGCAGUAGGCUCAUCUACCCGCAACACACUCACAGAACUCAACCUGGGAGGCUGCAGUAAACUGACGGACACGUGUCUUAAGUACCUCCGCCGACUCUCAUGCAUCUCAGUGCUUGACCUGCGAGGCUGUAAAGGAGUUUUCCGUAAGGCUUGUGAGACCUUCAUCUCUGAGCUGUCAGUCAACACACUCUACUGCCUAUCUGACGAAAAACUGAUCCAGAGGAUAUCCUAAACAUCUGCCUCUUCACUGCAGAGGUGACUUAGGUUCACAAGCAAAGGGGUGGGAAAUUCACAUACGUCUAUGUCAUUUAAAAGAAGUGAUGGCGUUUAACCUGGGACAUCUUACUCACUUACCUGGUGUUGGUAGAAGGGGUUGUUACAAUGUUUAUUUUCUACACAUUUUCCUGUGUACCUAAAAGAGACUCAGGAGCUUCAUUUGCUGAUGUUCAUUUGGGAAUAAAUGUUGUGUGGAAAAGCACAUUUUUUUUGCCAGGAUUUGGGCAACAAGCAAUUAAUUAGCUGUAUUAGACUUCACAAACCACUCAACCUCUUUUUUUCCUCUUUUUUUUUUGACAGAUGCCAAUCUUGACUCGCAUUACAAACUACAGCCUUCUGAGUUUCAUCCAUUUGGAUUAUAACUGCAUUGUUCACUUUGCCUGAUCCCUAUAAAGUCUUAUUUUUUUAUACUAUAUAUAUUUAAACUUUCAGCUACAUGUUGGUGCUCCAAAUAGAUUAUUUGUCAGGAGAGCAAUUGAUAAGUUUGAUGACUUAACGCUUUAAUUUUUUCUUUUAAACAUGAUGAAAGGUGACAGGUUUUUUGACACAAUGACUUAUAAAAGAGAGUUACUGAAUGGCAUGUGUUUAGCAGCUGUAUGUUUGGUUUAAUGAGGCAUUUGGGUGCAGCACUUGAUCAGUGGAAAUGUGUACAUGGACAGUUGAGUGUUUUGGGUUUUUUUAAGCGCAAUAGUGUAAAACGACUGAGAGCAGUCGUCUUGGCAACAAGACCUCACCCCAACAAAGGGCAACUUACACUAAGUGUAUGGGGUAAGCCAAGGAUAAAGUGUCAGAAUCAUGGUGCAUUUUCAAACAACCAUUAGACUUCAGGUGCUAUAAUUUCCAAACUCUUGCUUUGUGUUUGUACAGAGACGAUAUUUAGAGCAAAAAUGUUAAUAUUCUCAACGAAAACAGUUUCCCACCCCUCUUUGAUACACCUUUUUUCCUUUCAUGGAUGAGAAAUGUAUCUACUUUUUACUGAUUUCAUGUCUAAUUCAAUGCAGAAAAUAAUGUUUUGGUUGUUUUUGUUUUGGUUGGUUUUUCUGAGUGGGGAUAUGAUCUUUUUUUUCUUCCCUUCAAGUCCAGUGGUUCUGUUUCAAAGGUCUCCUCUCCAUAUCCCCUAGAUGAAUAGAAGUAUAUAAAUAUAUACUUUUGUGUAAAUGUGUUUUCCUCUAUUAGAUGACCAAAAUGGGAAUCCUGUAGCAAUGUAAUUAUUUUCGGAAGACUUUUUCACUUUAUGUUGUUUAUGUUAUUUUUCAAGAAAAUAAAAAAAAACCC